UAAAAGACGCGCGACCCGAAGUCAGAGGCGUAUGAGUGUGCUUUCACGUAGGAGAAAAGAUCUGACCAUGUUUCCGUUCUCAGAGUACUUCCGUCUUCAUGCAAUUAUAAUUUGCUUAUUUCGUGGUUGUGCGUAAUUUUGUGCGAAACCUGCACGGGAAACUUCAUGACAGUGAUACGUACUGUAGCAGACAACAGAAGAAUAUUGUGUGUCGCCGCUAGGAGCGCCAUUGGUGGUGCGUCUCUUCCUGUGGCCUCCCAAGGGAAUCCGCAGCCACAGCCCCGUGCUGACCGCCCACUGUAUUCCAGACGUCGUCUUGCAAUGCGUGUGGCUGCUCGUCUUGCUGAAAAGAAGCCCAUUUCCUGACUGAAGGCUGCAGCCAGUGUGCAUUCGUGCUACCCACUGCGACCGUUUGAAGAGCGGACUGCUGUACUUUGCUACUCAACCUGAAAGAUGGGAGCAGCAAGGGAACCAGGAAAUGAAGAGAAAGGCCACGGAGGGCUCACAGAAGCCGAGCUGGAUCUCAUUGAUACUACAGAUAAGAUCAAGGCUCGGUACAUCCUGGUGGCGCUGGGCAUGAGCGGAAUCGCCAUCUUGUACUCGCUGCGAGUCAACCUGUCGGUGGCCAUCGUGUCCAUGGUGAACAACACGGCCAUCUCCAGCGGCAGCUCCGGCAGCGACAACAACACCUAUGGGGAGGACACUUGCCCGCCAGCCGGCGGCGCCGAAGUGGUCUACCGCGAGGACGGCUCGUUCGUGUGGGACGAGGAGAUGCAGGGCAUGAUGCUGGCGGGCUUCUUCUACGGCUACACGGUGGGCCAGGUGCCGGGCGGGCUGCUCGCCGAGCGCUUCGGCGGCAAGCUGGUGUUCGGCCUGGGCGCGCUCGUGCCCGCCAUCCUCACCGUGGUCAGCCCCUUCACCGCCUGGGUCAACGAGUACUUCUUCUUCGCCAUGAGGAUCCUCGAGGGCCUCGUCGAGGGGGUGACUUUCCCAGCGAUACAGCUGAUGAUCUCCAAGUGGGCACCUCCACAAGAGCGCAGCCGCUUCUCCAUCAUCUACUCUGGCGGCUACCUGGGCACGGUGAUCACGAUGGCGCUGUCGGGCGUGAUGUGCGAUAGCGAGGUGGGCUGGCCGCUCGUCUUCUACGUGUUCGGCGGCCUGGGCAUCCUCUGGAGCAUCCCCUGGUUCCUGCUCGCCUACGACACGCCGGCUAAGCACCCGCGCAUCGACCCCGCCGAGCGGCGAUUCAUCGAGGCUUCGUUGGGCAAGGUGCCCGCCAAGAGGAAGCUGCCCAUCCCCUGGAAGAAGCUGCUGUCUACGCCCGGUCUAUGGGGGUGCGCCUCUAUGCACUUCGGCAUCGGGUGGACAUUCUUCGCGCUGCUCACAUGCGGGCCUACCUAUCUGGCCAACAUCCUGCAUUUCAACAUCUCCAGUAACGCCGCCCUGUCUGCGAUCCCCUACAUAAUGGGCGGCUCCGCCAGCGUCGUUUUCAGUUGGAUACUCGACUACCUGAUCAGCAACAAGAUUGUCUCCAAGAUGAACGGCUACCGCAUCUUCAAUGGAAUCACGAACGUGGGUCCGGCGAUUACGCUGAUCAUCAUCACAGUGGUGGGCUGCGAUCACGUGGCCAUCCUUGUGCUGCUGGCCAUCAACGGUCUGUGCCUGGGAGCCCAGUACACCAGCAACUCCAUAAACCUGCUGGGCAUCGCGCCCAACUUCGCGGGCACCAUGCUCGGCAUCUCCAACACGUUCGCCAACGCCGCCGGUAUCCUGGCGCCGUACGCCGUCGGCUGGAUCACCAGCGGAAACCAAACGAGAACUGCGUGGAACACGGUGUUCUACGUGUCGGCGGGCAUCGGAGUGGCGACGUACCUCGUCUGGCUGGUUCUGGGCACGGACAAGGUGCAGCCCUGGAACGAUCCGCCCCCAGAGGCGGUUCCUAAAGAGGCAGACAAACCAGGCGACCACGCUGCCGUCUUCGGCAAGGGCGUCGACGACAAGGGAUUCGACGGCGAGUACUGAGGAGACUGCUGACCCUGCGAAUGAUGUUCGCCCUUCCACUGAGACACUUCUACAAGUAGAUAUCAGCGCAAUAAACUCGCCUGCUACACCUUGGAAUCCCUGCAGUGCAGGUGUCUAAACAUGUCCAGCGAGCUAGUGGAUCACUGAAAGGUUCAAAUUAAGGUGCAAUAGUUUCCCUUUUAACGAGUGCCAGUGUUGCUUGACAAGUAGUUUCCCAGCGUGUGACAGUGACCUUUACCCACGUGAAAGGUGAAACGGUUUGAACUCUGUUAGGACAUUGAAGGGCGUAUUGUGCUCAAAAUACGUUGAUUUGUUUUUGUCACAAGAGAGAUGUGACUUAUUGUGACAAAAUAAGCCAAAAAUGCCUACACUGUCAAUCUGAGACUAGCUCUUAUGCACGUAUUGGCUUCUCUGUAAACUGACAAAACGAUACUUCUUAUGUAUACGACAUCGAUUUGGAUAUUUCGCUAAUGAACUGGCAGGUAGGAUGAUCCGCCAGCAGAGUACGUAGGAGGUGUUUCUCUUUAUGCUACAUUAAGUUUAUAUGUCCGUUGUCUUUCAUUACACAUAGGUGAUCUUCGGUCUAUAUUAAGAACUUUACAGUGUGAAACUUCGGUAUGUAAAAAGUGUUUAGUUAAUGUUCAUCUGAUAAGAGCUGUAAUUAACGCAGAUUACAACCACUGGAACAGUUUUAUAAGACUUGUUUCCAAAUGCGGUGAAGUAAUGUCUUAACGUGAUACAAAGUGGUCUAAUGUCCGUCGUGCAGAAGGUAACACAUUUUGCUACGUGGUAGAAUCUCAAGAACAACUGCAGCUAGCAGGAAGCAGUUAACCGCCGAUGCAAGAUCGUCGCCAGUAACACACCCUAGUGUCACUGAUACAUUAGCCAGCGACAGCUCUCACCUCCAGCGAGUGAAUAUUCCCUCUGACAUGUGUCUAAGACUUUAUAUUGUAUGAUAACAUAGUUU